CACCAUCUUGCGGCCGCUGGUCGGAGAUCUCCGCCCCAGUCAUGUUGGGCUACAGCUCGGAGCCCGGAUGCGCCGCCAUGCCGCCUCUACCACGGAGCGAAUAAUGUCUCCAGCAACCUGCCCGACGCUGGAGGACUAGGAGUUGACUGAGGAAGUCUUAUCCGGCGUUGGUGGGGGACAGAGGAGCCGUCUCAGCGGCCACGGAGCUUUGUUUUCUACCGUGUUUAUCGAGACAAAAAACGCCAAUGUUUGCAUCAGCUCUGCAAAGCUAACAAGAUGUCCGCCGAUGAGGAUACUGUCAAAACUGGCGGCCCACAGGCCAGCUCAGCUUCAUUUAUGCAGCUCUCAGAGUGCACUGGAGGGUACAGUGACAUUUCCGUUAUGGUGGAGGGUACCACAGCCACCCCUGACUUUGCGGCCGCGUGUCCCGUCCCGGGCACUGCGGCCUCGCCGAAACACACCAGCACGACCGACGUGCUUAGUCACUCAGACAAUACUGCACCGAGAAGCAGAGGGAACGAGGACAACAUCAGUCACAGGAACAGCUUUCAUCAUUCCAAACAACAACAACAACAACAACAACAACAGCAGCAGCAAACAAAAUUAACGAAGCGGCGCAACACAGCUAGCUUCGGUUUCAAGCAUCCGACAUCUGGCAAGAGGAGACGAAGGGCCAACUCUGAGAGUGACUCCGUCCUGCCCACCAACUUCCUUCUGGGUGGGAACAUCUUCGACCCACUAAAUCUCAACAGCCUGCUGGAUGAGGAUGUGAACAGGGCCCUGAAUGCAGAGACGCCCAAAUCCUCCCCGUUGCCAGCGAAGAGUCAAGACCCCGUGGAGAUCCUCAUCCCCCGAGACAUCACAGAUCCGUUAAACCUGAACAGCGGGUUAGCAGACAGCAGCUUCAUGGUGUCCCCCUUCAAGAGCGGUGGCAGGAAGAGACACCGCAACCGACACCAUGGAGGAGCAGGAGGAGGUGGAAUUUCACACCCACCGGUCAACCUCUCCGAAUCGGGAAGACUUGAGGUAAAAACUGGCUGCUCUGCACUGCUUCCUGGUCUGUUACCCUCAUCUUCUGCACUCGAUGUCUCCAAAGAGUCAGACAGUGUCUCCAAUAUCACAGGAGAAUCCCAUGAGCACUCAGCUGACACCACAGCCAGCUGCAAGGAGGAGACAACCACUGUACCGACGGAGGAUUCCGGUUCCUCUUUACUGGGAGGUCCAAACCAGCACGCAGGCAGACGCAAGCGGCGGCGCAACUCUGGCAAAAUGGAGCUUCCGGUAACCCAUUCUACCCCCGUUGCAAAGUCAGGAUCUGGAGACAAGAGUAGCAGUACGGGGGGACAGAGAUACUCUCAGUCUUUCCACACACCAAGAAGUGGUUCUAAAACAGGUCCGGGAGGCCGUCAGCACCAGCAGCCACGCAACCAUAAAAAGGAGCAGCAGAAGAAGUUCCAGUUCGGGAACUACAACAAGUAUUAUGGCUACCGGAACCCGGGGGCCAGUGAAGAUCCACGGGCGCGUUGGCUUCGUCCAGAAUGGUUUGAAGGUAAAGAGGUACUGGAUUUAGGGUGCAACUCAGGCCACAUAACACUGUAUAUUGCCAAAAUGCUAAGACCUGCCCGCAUAUUAGGUCUAGAUAUUGACAGUGGCCUGGUGCACGCAGCCCGAAAGAACAUCAGACAUUAUCUUUCUGAGAUGCAGACCCAAGAGGCCAGGCGGGCAACGCAGGAGAAAAAGAGCACUAAACAGGAGGAGAGGAAUGGAGACGACAGUCGCACAGAAAAGAAGCACAAUGAAGACGAGAGCAGGGACGAAAAUGGGAAACCAGCGAAAGGAGAAAGUGGCCCCGCAGAGGCUGUAAAUGACAAUGACCCCCGUCGCACAGAUGAGGCAGGGACCCAGAGGCAGGGCAGCAAAACAGAGGAAAUGGAGCAGGAAGAUCGUGAUUCGGGCCCUGCGGAUCCCUCUGUGAGCUCCUCUUUCCCCAUGUCCCUGCGGAUCUCAAGGGGGCCCAUUGCUGCACCGCCCCUAACAGAAACAUCCACCACACGGCCUGGGGAGUUCCCCUCAAAUGUGUCCUUCAUGAAGGCCAAUUAUGUACUGGAGAGUGAUAACCUGCUUCUGACUCAGCGGCCGGAGUAUGACGUAAUCCUCUGCCUGAGCAUUACCAAGUGGGUACACUUGAACUGGGGAGACAAUGGCCUCAAGCGGCUCUUCAAGCGAGUCUACAGACACCUCCGUCCUGGAGGCUUGUUCAUCCUCGAGCCGCAGCCGUGGGAGUCGUAUGUGAGGAGAAGGAAGCUGACGGAUAAUAUUUCCGGGCAUUAUCACAGCAUCCACCUCAAACCUGACCAGUUUUCAUCAUACCUUAUAUCUGAGGUGGGCUUCACCAGUUUUGAGCACCUUGGGAUCCCCCAAAGUUCAAUAAAAGGUUUUCAGAGGCCAAUCUACUUAUUUCACAAAUGACCGCUCCUGCCUUGAAGAUCAUUGAAUGUGAGUAGCCUAAAAACGAGCCAGCCAGCUGCUCUGGACUGCAAGGAAUCUUCGUGAGUCCUUAAGGGUUACUCCGGCUUUUUCAGACGCUGAAGAGGAAAUGGGACCAGAAGUCGAAUUAAUUUUGUAAAGAUGAGAUCCGUUGAGAAGAGGCACCGAUCAGAAUUUUCUGUGACUUCAAAUUCUUUCGGUAUGAGAUGAACUCUGACGGGAGUCUACAACGUUGUCCAACCUGGAGCCUGACAUCAUAGUUUGGCCAGACUGUGGAAAUUCAUCUGAACAGUUUCCACGUGCUAAUGACGCCCCAGUUUGAUACACAGCCAUAACACAUGUUUGAAUACCUUUGGCCAUAUAUCUCUGCUUUCAUGACUUAAUUCUGUGCCACCACGUUACCACACUGUACCAUGUUAGGGUUGGGGGAUAAGGCAGAAUUUUCCAAUGGGACACCAUCACCAUUUCAACUGGAAAUAACCGGUGAAUUCACCAGAUUAUCUCACUGUAAACCUGCAGUGGAACACAGGAUUACAAAGCUAUUAAACAUUUACACGAUGUCUCUGUAAAGCCCGCCCUCGAGUGCAGAUAGAGGACACUGCAGGCUGAUGGGAAACACAGCCCCAUAUUGCCAGCUGCCACUGAUGGCACAGGAAAUGUUCUCUUCGGCGUUAAGUAUUUGGAUUGGGGUCAAAGCUUUGCAUCAGCAGGCACAUUAAUGCAAAUUUGGGUGUUUUUAAAAGAGCCAGAGUCAAUCAGUGGAUCACUGAUGGCGCAUAUACAGUAUGUGUCCCAUCUCCUAACCCUAAUAUGUAGUUUGUUUUGUCAUUAUUUUGCAAAAUGGACCUUAGAGCUGAAUUAACCCUAAUCGGAUACAGAGCUGUAAAAAUAUUAAACUCCUCAUUUUGGAUUAGACAAACCCGAAAGCUCUUAAAUUGCUGAAGACCUUUGGAAAGAGGUUUGUCUAAGUGAUGAAGAUAAUGAUGCACUCAAAACAGCCACAUUGGGAACAGUCUGGGAAUUCCUGAAAGUUGUUGUGAAUGCUGUUGUUUACUUCCCUUUAUCAGCAACACAUUUACCACUAAGUGAUAUUUUCUUUUGUGCGGCUUUAGUGAAAAAGGAGCUGUAUAAUGGUCGAGACAAACUGGUUGUUCCAUCCAGUCUCCGCGAAGCUCCCUUUCCUCACUGUGUUACCAAAUUGGUGCGUUCACUCAAGUGUCUCGCUUCCAUCACUUCUGAUUGGAGCCAAGGAAAACCAGUGUCUUCUGCAGAGUCCUUUGACCUGCCAGUGAAUGUUGAUUGCAUCCAUUCCCAUUGCAGACAAAAACCAGAUGUAAGCUGGUGUUAGUGGGGGGCUUUCAUCAGCGGAUAAGAGGCUAUAUAGUUCAACAGUACUCACUGUAAUAGGAAAGUAGAAUACUUAGUCUGGCUGCUGAAAUCAGACAUCAGCUGUAAUUCUAAAUCCGAAAUUGACAAAUCAGAUUGAAAAUGCUUGAAAAAUAGUUUGGGCUGUUUUGAGUGUAACUUUACCUAUUUAGGAAGCAGCAGAUCAACACGUGGGUUCUCUGGGCCUAUGCGAUGCUCCACCCUAAUGGUAGGGGGCACAUUUGAGCUGCUGUGACACGCUGGUGGACUCUGCUCAAGAUCAUUCAGCACAGACAUCACAAGGACUAUUUUGCAAAGUAGAAGUUUGGCAUGCAGUAAUCUGUUUUCAUUUUUUUUUUUUUUUUUUUAAUGACAGUGAAGCCAUAGCCCGACCUUACAUGUUGUUUACAAUGUCCUCCACAGAGUUCUGAAAAGAGAAUAAAAUAAGAGUGAAAUUGAAGGCAGAGGCCUGUAAAGAGAGUUGCUCCACUGCGCGUCUUCAGUGCCGUGUAAUCGUGACAUAUGCUUAGUUUUGCACAGUCUGAUCAUCACUGCUGGACAGGCUUUAAUUCAAACAGCAUCAGAAUCACCUGAAGUACUCAGGUACUUUUUUUUAAGGCUAAAAGUAGAUUCAUUUCUGGAAUCUAUCCACAUGAAGGUUUUCUUUAACCAAAUUUGAAUAUAAUUAUGCUGUUUGUAUUAAAGUGCAAAAAGAUUUGAUGUGUCUUUUCCUCUUGUUUCCUCGAUGUGUCAUCAUCGCGUCUUUGGCCCAAUAAGAACAGGUAUGAGUUACAGGUAGUCAGGUUUGUUCUGUGACCAUAUCUUCGUAGAAUUGGCUGGGGUAAAAAAAUCUUCCUUUUUUGUGACUGGUUCAGUCACAGUAAUUAGCACACUGGGGUAGGAGUUGAUGAUGAUGGAUAAUUUCUAUUUUAGUAUGUGAUCAAUGUAAAUUAGUUUUGAAGUUAUGUUUUUACUGUUGCAAAUAUUUAGUUCAGAACUGCUUUUGUCAUUUUUUUCAAGUGGAUUUAUUUUUUUGGACGUGUUUUCAAAUGUUUGCUGCCAAUUUGCAUAUUAAAUCCCAGGUCAGAGUUUCCGUCUCCUUUAACGGAUCAGUAUCCAGUUCUGUCACAACAAUUGAACAUGUACAUUGCAAAGGUCUGGUAUGAUUUGAUUAGUUCUGUCCUGGCAGGCACAUGGAUUGUUAGAGUAGUUCUUUAUUUUUUUUUCUAAACUCUGUGAAAGGAGUGUUUGUGUUAAUGCACUUUCAUUUCACUUCAUUUGACAUGUUCUAGAAAUUUCUUUUUAAUUCUUCAAGAUUCCGAUUUUGCAUACUUUUUCCAUCAGACUUUUUUAUAACAAAUUGUGGAACACUGAUUAACCUACAAAACAAAGCUUCAGGUUAUGUUUUGAAUCAAAAGUGAAUCGGACGCAGCCUCAGUUGGCCCAACAGACACGGCACCAAAUCACACGUCUCUCCUAAGCUCAGACAAUCGGAUUCUCAGGCUUAGAUCAGCCCACUGCUGUAGUUUUAAGGGCGUUUUGCAUUCUGUUUUAUUAACAAUCUUUCCUUUUCGCAGGUCACAUAAUAAGCAUUUUAUUUGAAAGAUGAAUUGUUUAAAGUUCAUUUGGUUUUGCCAUUGAUGUUAAAGAUUGCACCUUACUGUCUCAGCAGUGGUCUCCCACAGAUUUCAACCCUGGGCCUGACUUGUCAUGUCCAGGUGUCCAAGUGAAAGGAUGUCUUUGCCGAAGAUGUGAAAUGGCAUGUUGUCAUAUGGUGUUGAUUAAAAUCUUUGUACUUCCCUUGAAGUUUUGCACAAAGUUGUGCCACGUCCUAGAUUAUAUUAACUUUCACAAAAACCUGGCUCUAAGUAGCCUGACACCCUCUCAACAGGAUUGGAUGCCAGUGAGGAAUAUAACUACAACUAUUUCAAAACCUAUCAUGGUCCGGUCUCCCAUUUCAGGUUUUAGUAUCCGUCACAAUUUUGUGCAAUAUUUGCUCUUGAAAUCUGUUUUCAUUGACAAAAAUUUAUGCCACCAUAAGUGUAGGACAGAUUUGAAUUUGAGAAAUCUUUUAUAGUUUUGAAUGUGAACGAUUUUGAGUCCAAGUUUUCAUGUUGCAAGGAAAAUAAUAGGUUAAUAUGACAAGGUAAAUUUCAAUCAAAGUUAACCAUAUUUAGCUUUUUAUUCUGUUUCAUAUUUGCAACUUGAAGACUGGGACCCAUUUCAAUACUAAGUUAAAUGAAUUGCAGCAUUUUGUUAUUUGGCAUUUGACUGAGAGAAAGCGAUGUUCUGGUGUUUAUUUAACAAUGUGUGGUAAUCCUUAUUUUUAGAGAUCUGUGGAUGCCAAAGAAAUUCAAUAAUUAUGUUCAACACUGAUUACAUUUUCUAAAUUCUAAAAACUUGUAGCUACAACCUGAUAAGAUUUCUGCAGCAUUGCAAUGAAAUGUCGAUAAAAUAUUUGUCCGGAAACACUGUCAUACUUACAGUUUGCCCACCUGCUUCUCAUUUUCUAGACCUUUCAUAACAUCAAAAUCCAUAAAAACUAACAGAGAAAAUUGUAAUCUCUUUGUAGCACAACAGAUGCAUAAAUUCAAGGCGUGCAUGACUUUUAACAGCACUAAAAAGUCACCUCUUCAUGUUGAAUUUGCACUGAUAUGACUCGAGGGUAUUAAACUAGCUGAGUAAACCUUUUGCGGUUCAAGUUGAUGUUUUACAUGUGUACCUUUUACUAGGAUCAGAUUAAAAGAAACUGUUUGAAUACAAAUAUCAGUUCUGUCAGGGAAGCUUUUAAUUUUCAUGCCUCUGAACAACAACAAGAUGUAUCUGAAUGUUUCUGUGUUCAACAUCAUCAAUGAUUAAAAGUGGUUCCAGA